UCCAUCGAAAGCGGCGAAUAAAGGACAGGCUGCGUCCUGGUUGGCAUUUUGGGCACUAAACAUGGCGUUAUAAAGUCUUCCAUUGUUCUAUCUCGUCCUCAUCCACGUUGUUCGAGCAUGUGAAUAAUGAAGGUUUGACGUUGAGCCAAGAGCCUAGACGCGGGAUAGGCUGUCACUUCUCGUUUUGCAUUCGCCUUUGCCUCUCUCAGCACGCUAGGAAAGCAUUGGGAGUGGCGAAUACGUCAGAAGGCCAAGGACCACGACAGGCGAACUCGUUAGAUUCAAUGCGUUCUUAGUGGUCGUGCAACCCCCACAAAGCUAAUUCUCGACGUCGGCGGCUGUCUCCAGAUCGGGGACCUCCUUUUGCUUUUCUUGCCGAGUUUUCAACUCCGAUGGAGCAAUAAAUUUCGUUUCUUUCUAUCCUAAGUCAAGCAACUUCUCACGAGACCGCCUUCCUUGCCCUUACAUGGCUACGAAAAUAAUGCCCACCAUUGAUGUCACCAGGGACCUUUCCGCGCUCUUCACGCGACAGGUACAAGCUACCCCCGAUACUAUUGCUCUAGAAGACGAGACAACGACGUAUACCUAUGCCGAGCUUCAUGACAAGGUCGCUGCCCUUGCUCGCUGCCUCCGUGGUCAUGGAGUCGGUCGAGACGCGCUCGUUGGUGUGCUUCUGCCGCGUAGUGCAGAUUACGUGAUUUCCUGUCUUGCUGCGCUUCGCGCAGGGGGAGCAUUUCUAGUCUUGGAGCUAGCUUAUCCUCCAGAUCUUUUGGCCGAUGUCAUUGCCGAUGCAAACCCAGCAGUGGUUGUCACAUACAGGGCGGAACUGGGCAAGAUCCAAUCAGGUAUUCCCCUCGUUACUCUCGAUCAAGAAGCUUCGGAAACAGAUGGAGUCAAUGGAGAUGUGAAAGAGCCCACCCCGUUGCCCUCCGAAGGCGACUUGGACCGCCUUGCUUUCGUAUCUUAUUCAUCAGGCACCACGGGGAAACCCAAAGGUAUCGCCAACCCCCACAGAGCCCCCGUACGCUCGUAUGAAUUAAGAUUCGGCGUGUCGGAUCUCCAGCCAGGCGACCGCGUAGCCUGCAAUGUUUUCUUUAUUUGGGAAAUCUUACGCCCACUCCUCCGAGGAGCGACUGUUGUUGCCGUCCCAGAUGAUGUAAGUUACGACCCGGUGCUACUCGUGGAUCUUCUCUCCUCCAAAGACAUCACGGAGACCCUCAUGACGCCGACCCUUUUGGCCGCCGUUUUAUCACGCCACCAAUGCCUCGGAGCACGUCUCCCAAAGUUGCAGACCUGCUGGUUAAAUGGCGAAGUCGUCACCACCGAUCUGGCUCGUCGAGCUCUCAAGGCAUUGCCAAAGACACGCUUGCUCAACUGCUACAGUGCAUGUGAAACCCAUGAGAUUGCAUGUGGUGACAUUGGGGAGAUGCUUGCCAUGAUUGAAGAGGAUGCAAUCUAUUGUCCAGUGGGCCCGCCAAUGGAUCCUCGACACAUUCAUAUCCUUGACGAGAGUGGGCAAAGAGUCGAAGUUGGAGUUAGCGGAGAAUUGUUCGUCGGUGGCUCUCUCCUCGCGCGGGGUUACCUCAACCUUCCAGAGACUACUGCAAAAGCAUUCAUCCCGAACCCGUUUGACUCGAGACCGGGAUCACGCAUGUAUAGGACCGGGGACCGAGCCCGGAUGCUACCAUCGGGACUAUUGGAAAUCACUGGAAGGACAGGAGCCAUGAUUAAGCUUCGAGGGUACUCGGUAGUUCCUGGUAAAGUCGAAAAUGCCAUUGUUGGCCAUCUGGCUGUCAGGCACUGCGCUGUUGUCGCCUACGGUGAUGGCCUGGAACGACAAUUGGUGGCAUACAUUGUCCGUGACAAGGAGCACACUGCUAACCGCCCGAUUGUUGACAUUGAUGACUCAGGCCAUAGCCCGGCAGCGCGUCGAACACUCUCGCCCUAUCUGGCAGCAUAUAUGAUCCCAAGCUUGUGGGUUGAAUUGGACGAGUUACCAACGCAUGACGUUUCCGGAAAGGCCGAUCUGAAGCGUCUCCCACCACCUCCGAGAUCCAAGUCACCCAAUAAUAUAAAUGAGUCAAAGACCGAGGACCCCAUCACUACCGAAGCCCUGACCGAGAUUUGGGCUGCAACGCUCAAUAUCUCUACAAGCGCAAUAACUCCCGAACACAAUUUCUUCGACUUGGGUGGACAUAGUCUGUCUCUUGCCGACCUUGCUUCGCGAAUAUCGAGUGCGUUCGGAUUUAGAGUCCCAGUGGCUCGUCUUGCCGAUCCUGCAACUUUAAAUGGACACCUGGAAACAGUUCGAAACGUUAGGGACGGACAUACCGCCGCGAUUCAAGCAGAUUUGCCUGCCGUCUUGCGCGCCGACUCGAUUCUGGACCAGGAUAUUCAACCUUCCAAUGCUAAAAUAUGCUCACUCAAGGAAGCAAAGGCGGUCCUCUUGACAGGUGUCACAGGUUUCUUGGGAGCCUUUUUGCUCAAUGACUUGUUGGAAAACACCUCGGCGAGGAUUAUAUGCCUCGUGCGUUUCAACGAUCCAGCCCAAGAUGAUAGGCCCGGUGGCAUCGCAAGAGUACGUAGGAAUCUGCUUGAUUUUGGGUUAUGGAGCGACUCCAUCAUGGAGCGAGUUGAGAUUCUCCCAGGAAAUUUGUCUCGAAAACGAUUCGGUCUUUCUCCAGAAGCCUUUGAAGAGCUAGCCGGGCGUGUACAGGUCAUUGUCCACGCAGCCGCGACUGUAAAUCUAGUCUACCCAUAUGCCGCAUUGAGAAGACCCAAUAUUGGCGGUACAAAAGAGAUUCUCCGCCUGGCGUGCCUUGGGAGUUGCACAGUCCAACAUGUGUCCACAAAUGGCGUGCUGCCACCAUCCCAGGAGGGCUGGCCGGAAGAUGCUAUGCUCGGCGUGGACGACGUGCCAGAGAAGCUGCUUGAUGGGUAUGGCCAGACCAAAUGGGUCGCGGAACAGCUUAUUCUUGAAGCGGGUCGUAGAGGUCUGCCGGUCCGCAUACACCGAGCCGGAACCAUAUCAGGGCAUAGUGCAUCUGGUGCAGUGAACGCAUGGGAUCUUUUUAAUGCCUUAAUUGUCGAGUCUAUCCACCUUGGCUUUGCUCCGAACGUAGAAGGAUGGCGAGCUGAGAUGACUCCAGUGGACUUUGUCAGCAAAGCCAUUCUCCAUCUUAGCAACCAGAAUCAUGCAGACCAAGUCGUCUUUCACCUUGGUGAUCCUACCCCUGUCGAUACCAGGGUCGUCUUUGACGACCUCAAUAAGCUCGGAUAUCCGACGAAACCUCUGGGCUGGGAUGAGUGGGUCGCUCUUUGGACUGAGAAAAGAAGUUCCGUGAAAGGUGGUGAUGGUUCGUUUACAGUCGAUAUCCUUCGCAGCGGCAUGCCGAGCGUCGACUUUUUGCGGGGUAUCGUUGUCCUCAACAACGCAAAGACUAGGCCUUUCCGAGACGUCGUUGAGAGGCCUAAGGUAGAUAUCACGUUGCUCGAGACGUAUACACGGCACUGGUUUGCUCGAGGUUGGCUGCCUCGGCCGCCUUCACGGCUGAAUGCUCUUGGUGGAUCUGCUCAGCUCCCACGCCGAGGACCAUUGAGUGGACGUGUGGCUGUGGUGACUGGAGCAAGCUCCGGUAUAGGCGCCGCCGUUGCCGCUGCACUGGCGAGAGCAGGGUGCCACAUCGCUCUUGCUGCUCGGCGCACCGACGCCCUAGAAGCCGUCAAGCGUAGGCUCGUGGUCCGUGAAGGCAAGGUCAUCGUCCACCAGACCGAUGUGACCGAUCGGAAGCAAGUAGAAACGCUCUUCAAAACCGCAAAUGAUGAGCUUGGCCCAGUCGAUAUUGUUGUUUCAUGCGCAGGAGUAAUGUACUGGACUCUGAUGGAGAAUGUGCAGACGGAGGAAUGGGAUCGUACCGUUGAUGUCAACUGCAAAGGCCUGCUCAACAUUCUUUCAUCGACCGUCCCCCCGAUGCUUUCCCGUGGCAAGGGGCACAUUGUCGCCAUAUCUUCGGAUGCAGGUCGCAAAGUCUUCCCUGGCUUGGGUGUCUACUCGGCAAGCAAAUUCUUUGUCGAGGCUACGUUACAAAGCUUACGCCUCGAGACGGCUGGAAAGGGUCUUCGUGUCACGAGCGUACAGCCUGGCAAUACAGCCACCGAUCUCCUUGGAAUGUCGACGGAUACAGAGGCAAUCAAGAAAUAUGGCGAGCCAUCAGGAGCCAAGAUCUUGGACCCAGAAGAUGUGGCCAAGUCGAUUGUGUACGCGUUGAAGCAGCCUGAGCAUGUUGCAGUAAACGAGGUAUUGAUUGAGCCUCGAGAUGAGCCGAUUUAAAUGUAGAAUUUUCCGCCUUCUCAAGAAAAACCGCUUCUAUUCCCUCCAUUUGGGUAUGUGGGUGUGGAGAAGGUCUGUUCAACUAGGCCGCGUCAACCUCAUACAACUCAACAUCUCGGCCUAUUCCUUGCUUUUUCCCCUUUCAACAUAGGGGCGAUGGAAUUUGGAGAAUUUUCUUUAGAGGGAUACUGUAAUGCCAUCGUUCGAUCGGAUCUCGUAGGGGUACCUUGCUUAAACCUAAACGCCUUCUCCCCUCUCCAUGUCAUCG